AUGAAGUUUCCUCUGGUGCUGGUGUGCCUGUCGGCCCUGGCCGGUGUUUGUGUGGUAGGACAGCAAACGGAUGGCCCAAGAGCUCGCUCGGUUUGGGAGCGUAUGCACCGUGAACCGCCGGUCCACGGUGGGGCUUCCGGCGUAAAGAAAGCGGCUGAAGUGACCACCAAGUACAUCAUGCAGCCUUUGGAUCAUUUCGACGCACAGAACGUGUACACCUGGUCAAUGCGCUAUAUGGAAAACGCUGAGCACUAUAAACCCGGUGGCCCACUGUUCAUCUACGUCGGUGGCGAAUGGGAAAUCUCCGCAGGAAGUAUCUCGCGAGGACACACGUACGAUAUGGCCAAAGAGCUAGGAGGAUACCUGUUCUACACCGAGCACCGGUAUUACGGCAAGAGCCAUCCGACUGUCGACGUGCGGACCGAUAAGCUGAAGUACUUGAACAUUGACCAGGCUCUCGCGGAUUUGGCGCGCUUCGUCGUGGAGCAGCGCAAGACGAUUCCGGGUGCCCAGGAGUCGGGAGUGAUCAUGGUGGGCGGCUCGUACUCGGCAACGAUGGUGACCUGGUUCCGUCAGAAAUACCCACAUCUGGUCAACGGUGCGUGGGCUUCGAGUGCACCGGUCUUUGCUAAGAUGGAGUUUACCGAAUACAAAGAAGUCGUGAGCGAAAGUAUCCGGCUAGUUGGAGGAGCCAACUGUGCCAAUCGCAUCGAACGCGGCAUCAAACAGGUUGAGGAACUGCUUGAAAAUGGCGAUUACACGCGCGUUGCCUCUGAGUUCCGGCUGUGCAGUGAUGUCGAUCUUGAAAACCCCCUUGAUCGGAUGAACUUCUUCAGCAGCAUCUCGGACGAGUUUGCCGGUGUUGUGCAGUAUCAUUCGACGGGCGACAUCGAGAGAGUCUGCAGCGUAAUUGAGGAUGAGACUAGCACUGGAGAAAUGGAGGCACUUGCGAAGUAUGUCACGCAGGGCUUGCGAGAUAGCGGAUGCAACAACUAUGGAUACAAAGCUAUGGUGGAUUAUUACAAACUUACGGCCUGGGACAGUGGAGCCGCCACGAGUUCGAUGCGCCAGUGGUUGUACCAGACCUGUGCUGAAUAUGGAUGGUACCAAAUCUCGGGUUCCUCGGAUCAAAUCUUCGGAUCGAGCUUCCCCGUCGACCUUUUCGUCGAGCUGUGCAAAGAUCUCUAUGAUGGAUUCUUCGAUAAAACUCGAAUGGAGGAAAACGUCGAACGUGUCAACGUCCUCUACGGGGGUUGGAAUCCGGAAGUGACGAAUGUAUUUUUCACACACGGCCAUCUAGAUCCAUGGCGUGCGAUGGGCAUUCAGGAAGAUCUGAACGAUCAAUCGCCUGCCGUUGUGAUUCCUGGUGUUGCCCACUGUGCUGAUUUGAGCUCCCUGUCGCCUCAGGAUUCCGAGGAAAUGCGUGCAGUAAAGGAAAAGAUAUUGGAGCUGGUGAAAAAGUGGUUGGCUUAAAGCAUUUUACCACUUUCUGGAUCGAUGGUAUCGUGAGUGCCUUUUUGGUAAUCUUGGCUUCCGAAGCGUUCUGGAUUUGUGUGCCCCAAUUCAGUCCAUAUCCGAUUAUUUCCGUGUGGAUUCAAGGUGAACAUUAUUCGGGAUUAAUGAAAACAACGCGAGCACGGGUCAAUAAAUUCUAUCUGACAUCCUGGCGGAAACAAGACGGUGCCAUUAGAGCCCUUUUUGUGAAC